CGGUGGCGGAGCCGGGGUCCCGUCCGUCCGUCCGUCCGUCCGUCCCUCCUUGUCCAUCCCUCCUUGUCCGUCCUUGUCCGUCCUUCCCGGCGGGAUGUCGAUGCCGGAGGCGCUGGCGCUGCCGGCCGCGGGGGUCGGGGACGAGGUGAAGCAGGCCAAGGAGAUCGAGGACGCCGAGAAGUUCUCCUUCAUGGCCACCGUCACCAAGGCGCCCAAGAAGCAAAUCCAGUUUGCUGAUGACAUGCAGGAGUUCUCCAAGUUUCCCACUAAGACCGGCCGGAGGUCCCUGUCUCGCUCCAUCUCUCAGUCGUCCACCGACAGCUACAGUUCAGCCGCAUCAUAUACCGACAGCUCUGAUGAUGAGGUUUCCCCCCGAGAGAAGCAGCAGACGAACUCCAAGGGCAGCAGCAACUUCUGCGUGAAGAAUAUCAAGCAGGCAGAAUUUGGGCGCCGGGAGAUUGAGAUUGCUGAACAAGACAUGUCUGCUCUGAUUUCACUCAGGAAACGUGCACAGGGGGAGAAGCCCUUGGCCGGCGCUAAGAUAGUGGGCUGCACGCACAUCACGGCGCAGACUGCGGUAUUGAUUGAAACCCUGUGUGCCCUGGGAGCCCAGUGUCGCUGGUCUGCUUGCAACAUCUACUCAACCCAGAAUGAGGUCGCAGCGGCGCUGGCUGAAGCCGGUGUGGCAGUGUUUGCUUGGAAGGGAGAGUCGGAAGAUGAUUUCUGGUGGUGCAUCGACCGCUGUGUCAGCAUGGAUGGCUGGCAGGCUAACAUGAUCCUGGAUGAUGGGGGAGACUUAACCCACUGGGUUUAUAAGAAGUACCCAAAUGUGUUUAAGAAGAUCCGAGGCAUUGUGGAGGAGAGCGUGACUGGAGUGCACAGAUUGUACCAGCUCUCCAAGGCAGGGAAACUGUGUGUCCCAGCCAUGAACGUCAAUGACUCUGUUACUAAACAGAAGUUUGAUAACCUGUAUUGCUGCCGAGAGUCCAUCUUGGAUGGCCUGAAGAGGACCACUGACGUGAUGUUUGGAGGGAAGCAAGUGGUAGUGUGUGGCUAUGGGGAGGUGGGAAAGGGUUGCUGUGCGGCUCUGAAGGCUCUAGGAGCGAUAGUGUAUAUCACGGAGAUCGACCCCAUCUGUGCUCUCCAGGCCUGCAUGGAUGGGUUCCGGGUGGUGAAACUAAAUGAAGUCAUCCGGCAAGUGGACGUGGUUAUAACCUGCACAGGUAACAAGAAUGUGGUGACCCGGGAGCACUUGGACCGCAUGAAGAACAGCUGUAUCGUGUGCAACAUGGGCCAUUCCAACACGGAGAUUGAUGUGACCAGCCUACGCACCCCUGAACUGACGUGGGAGCGAGUGCGCUCACAGGUGGACCACGUCAUCUGGCCUGACGGCAAGCGUGUUGUUCUACUGGCUGAGGGUCGCCUUCUCAAUCUGAGCUGCUCGACGGUCCCUACCUUUGUCCUGUCCAUCACAGCCACCACUCAGGCUUUGGCACUGAUAGAACUCUACAACGCUCCAGACGGCCGCUACAAGCAGGAUGUGUACUUGCUGCCUAAGAAGAUGGAUGAAUACGUGGCCAGCUUACACCUGCCUUCUUUCGAUGCCCAUCUGACUGAGCUGACAGACGACCAAGCUAAAUACCUGGGACUCAACAAGAACGGGCCCUUCAAGCCCAAUUAUUACAGGUACUGACGGGCCACAGUCCAUGGGACCAGAACUGUACCUGACACCUUUAGAAGAGAGAUUUUUAAAAAAAAAACAAAACGACAACAGCUUUUAUUUUCAUUCUCCCUAUCAUUUUGCUCCUUCCCUCUCCAGUUUCUCUGUCAUGAUCCCCUCCCCAACCCCCACCCUUCCUCAUGUCUUUGUCUAAACUCUUCAGACCACACAGGGACUCUGCUUUUCUGGUGUACAGGUGAACCUUGAGGGUUCCACCGGGCCUCUCAUCCAACUCACUUGAAAAGGCGUGAAGUCCCAUCCCCACUCGCAGGAUUGAUUCCUUCCUGCGGUUCUCUUCACCCUCUCCAAGGGACCUUAGUCUUAACUGGGUGGUACCUUCUAUUGGGGAACGCUGAGGUACUCCCUCCUAAAGGGGAACAAUCUGCAAUUUCUCAAUUGCCUUAAAAGCUGCUGCUGAUCAGUGUUCCCUAAUUUGUGCUGGAGGAGACUGCCGCUCCCCCACCCGUGGGGAAGGGCAGGUCCCAGGGCAUCUGGGACACUUUCCCCUCGAAGCCCCAAGCCCUGCUUUCUGUGUCGGGUGAUUCCAUGGCCAGCUGGGAGAAGGACCCCCAGAGCAUCGGCCGUUGCAAACCUCACCCCGCCUGAGUUCAAACGUGCAACGUUUCAUUUUCCUGUAGCCUCUCGUCAAACCGCACCUUACCCAGUUGGACAUUUGGGGCCUCCUCCCCACUUUGUUCUGUUGUAAAAAAAAAAAAAGAAUUUUUUUUUUUAAAGGAAAACUUUUAGCGUUAACACUGUGGAACUGUUGGGGUGGUUGCUGUUGGUUUCUCUUUUCCCUCCUUUGCUCAUCUGGGGCAAGGGUUUGGAAUUGGUGUGACAGGAUGCCCGGGUCUGGAGAGACCCAUGGAGAUAUGGCCCACUGUAUUUCUAGUUCCGUAGCUUAGAGAAUCCAGGAGUUGGUGCUGAAGCAGCUUAACCAGUCAGAUCCACCAGCCUCUCAUGGGAGCCGAAGGUGAAUUUCCCAACCUGUCACUGGGUUAGAUGUUCAGCUUAAUUUUGGGGACUUUCCUCAAAGAGCAAACCACCACCUGGCCAACUGUACCUUUGUUCCCCAAAGUUCCAGCAGUGGGUAAGGGGGAAAGAGCAGCCAGGGCCCUGGGCUUUGGUGUGGGUUCCAAGUUAGGGUCACCCCAACUCUGGAAACAGCAGCAGAGCUGUGGCCUCAGUGGGGCGGGGCAGAGAAACUUCUGCUAGCUUCCCAUGGACCCUGUUGGGUCAGGAGGGCUUGGUACUCAGGAGUUCGAGGGACACUUGCUCAGGAUCUCAAACCCUUCUUUUGACUCUUUGUGGGUUUGCCCAAGAGUUAGUGGUGAAAGGGCAGAGUUCCCUCUCUGAACUAGCCUCCCUCUCUCCCUGAUCCCCCACCCUGGUCAGAGGGAGUCAUCUGGACCACACAAAAGGGAGGCUUCCAGCCUGCUUCUUCAUGCCUAGUAGGUACUUCCUGCCUAGGUUCUUGCCCUCUAGCAUCUCUACCACCAGGCCCAUCCUCUCCCUCUUGGGCAGUGGCCCCUAUUCUCUGCAGAGCUGCGAACAGGUGGGCUCCGACUGGCUGAGGUGGCCUGGCGGGCCCCCACCCAGUCAAUCAGAACAUCCCAUCCACCGGUGGGGCAAGGACAAGCCCCCCUUUGGGGGCCGGUUCUUCCAGAAGGCCAAGGUCCACACUCCCACCAGGGCCCCCUCGCCCCUCCAUUCCUGUAUCUGUUACCGUGUCACUAGGUAGAAGCUCCAUCUCCCUAAAGCCAUGUAACCAAGACGACCGUGGAAUGAGAUCUUACAGCGGAGGGAGCAUGUUAUGAGCAACCUGGAUGGAAUAGGUUUAUUUUGUAUAUGAAUGAUUUUUAAUGAAUGCAAUAUUAAUCCUCGCAGAUGAGCAAUAAUCAUUAAAGUCGAUUAAAAUGAUGAGAAAAC